AUGCAGUACGAAAGCUCCACUACUGCCCUUUCUACCUAUGCUGCCGACUCAAUGAGCCCACAAUCCAACAAACCCUACUCAUUAAACGUGCGCUAUCCAGCCCAUACUCCACCACCAUCUACCUCGCCAAUCGAACUACCACCCAUUCUCGACAUGUGCGACCCUUUCACUGUCGAUAGACCACCUUCACCAACCUCUCCCUCAAUGACCAAACGAGAUGACUUUUUGUUUUCACUUCCCUCUCCACCAGCCUUCUUGGAGCCUGCACCUCAGCUCAACAGUCAUGCCUCGUUUGUGUUUCCACCCUUCAAGGAGGCACUGGAGUCUAUACAGCUCCAGAAUCAAUACUAUCAAUAUCAGGGUGUGCAUAUGCCCAUCCCGCGCUGUUCCUCUCAUCAAGCUUUUGCACCGACCCAAUCCAACCCCGCCACAGGUGAUUCGGAAGGCGAGGACCCGCGAGAUGGCCGAUCCUACUCCCCAACCUCCUCCUCCACCACCUCGUCCAUGUCUACCAUUUCGGGUCCCAUUAGCCGUCGUCUGCCAAUCUCUCCCACAAUGGCUGCCGCAUCCGCCUCUGCUGCUUCGGCUGCUCAUCAUCGGUCCGGCAGUCUAGUAACCGACACCCUCGUCAACGCGCUCCGGCUCACUACUCCCGACAACCAUGAGCCACUCGUAGUUGAUCUCUCUUCGCCCUCAUACACUCGCGUAUCAUUCAUGGUCCAUGGUAACCCAGUGUCUAUGGACCAAAGCAUGUUCUUGACCAAGAAUGCCCACAUCAAGAGACCUCGCAAUGCUUGGAUACACUUCCGUUGCCAUUAUGGUCAGGCACUCAAAUCUCAGGAUCCAACCCUUCGUGCAGAGGAAAUUUCAAAACGUGCUUCACGUCGUUGGGCAAAGUUGACGGAGCGAGAAAAGAAACCGUGGCACGAUCUGGCUGAACAGGAAAAACAAGCUCACAAGGAAGCCUUUCCCGAAUACCGUUAUAGUCCCAAGCGUGGCCUCACCCACAUCUCUCUCACCGACCCUGAUGAUACCGAGAGCAGUGUACGCCACAAGCGAGCAAGACGUACAAAAUGA